UGUGAAACUGGCCUUAUUGACAUGUAUGCUAAAUGCAAUUGUUUUAGACUUGGCUAUCAGGUGUUUGCAAAAACGAGCAAGAAGAGGACUGUCCCAUGGAAUGCGAUUUUGUCUGGGGGCCUUCAUAAUGAGCUUGCAAGAGAAGCGAUAGAGCUUUUCAAGUUCAUGUUGUCAGAGGCUGUCAAACCUAAUGAUGCAACCCUGAAAAGUGUACUUCCUGCAUUUGCCAUUGAAGCUGAUCUCAGGCAAGCGUUGAGCAUACACAGCUAUCUUGUAAGAUCCGGAUUUGUUACAAGAACUGAGGUAGCUACUGGUUUAGUUGAUAUAUACUCAAAAUGUGGAAACUUAGAUAAUGGUCACAAGAUCUUCAAUGGGAUACCCAAGAAAGAAAGGGACAUAAUUUUGUGGAGUACGUUAAUAGCUGGUUAUGGGAUGCAUGGGCAUGGCGAGAUUUCUUUGUCACUGUUUAAUGAGAUGGUGCAAUCUGGGGUCAAACCUAACGAAGUCACUUUCACCUCGGUUUUGCAUGCUUGCGGUCAUGCUGGUUUGGUGGAUGAUGGUCUUUGUUUGUUUAAUUUCAUGCUUAGAAAUCACUCUGAUAGUCUUAGAACAGAUCAUUAUACUUGUAUGGUUGAUCUUCUUGGUCGGGCUGGCCGACUUGAGGAAGCAUAUGAACUUAUUAAAACUAUGACUUUUGAACCAAGUCAUGCCAUCUGGGGUGCACUACUAGGUGCCUGUGUGAUACACGAAAAUGUGGAACUGGGAGAAUUGGCUGCAAGGUGGCUAUUUAAGCUAGAGCCAGAGAACACCGGGAAUUAUAUACUGUUGGGGAAGAUCUAUUCUGCAGUUGGAAGAUGGAAAGGAGAGAAUGUGAGACUUCUGAUGAAUGAAGUCGGACUAGUAAAGACGCCUGCUCAAAGUGUCAUUGGAUGACAAGUAGGUGAUUUCUUUUAGCUUCCUUGCAAAUACAGUCAAACGAGAGUUGCAGGUGAGGGAAACAUCCGAGAAUUAUGCAACAAUAGGAUGAAAGCUAGCCGUCUUAGUGUCCGAUGGUGUUUAUGACCUCCUUGAAUUUGCUAUUGUAAUUAUAUUUCUGCAGUGCUCCUCAUACCAGCAUUGCAAGGUGGAUUGGUUUUAAACAAUCGGUCAAUCACAACAGUUCAUGUCCUGAGAUUGAAGUUGGUUGAAAUUACCAUUUAACUUCAAGAAUUCACAUAG